UAAACCGGCUGUACCACUAAUCGAUAAUAAGCCGCGGGAUUAUUUUUACCCUUCGUCGUCGCCCCGCCUUCACCACUAAAAUCGGUCGGUCGGUUGACGAACUGAAAAAAGAAGACUGAUCCAUCUCUGAGAAGAAGAAGAAAAAAAUGAGCCACGAGCUACAGAUCACUAAGAACGAGAAGGAAGAGAUCGGCAAAGCUCUCCGGCUGCCGAAAAUGUACGGCAAAGUGAUCCUCUCCGUUGUCUUCUUCCUCCUCCUCGCGUUCUCCUACUCCAUAUUCAUCGGAUCUCUCGACUUCCGCCCUUACUUCUUCACUCUCCUCCCGCAGCAACAACGAUCCCAGUGGUCAGAAUCGCCGGAUGCUUCUUGCGAUUACGAGCCGCUGAAGGUGUACAUGUACGAUCUCCCGCGGAGGUUCCACGUAGGGAUGAUGGAUACGGAGGAACCGCAGAACGAGGAGCCCGUGACGGCGGAGAACAUCCCGCGGUGGCCGGCGAACGCCGGGGUGAGGAAGCAGCACAGCGUCGAGUACUGGCUCAUGGCUUCGCUCUUGUUCGAAGGGAGAGGGAGGGAGGCGGUGAGGGUUUUGGAUCCGGAGGCGGCGGAUGCUUUCUACGUCCCGUUCUUCUCGUCGUUGAGCUUCAACACGCACGGGCAUAACAUGACGGAUCCGGCGACGGAAGGUGAUCGGAAAUUGCAGGUUGAAAUAAUGGACAUGCUGCACCACUCUAAGUAUUGGCAGAGAUCUGCAGGCAGAGACCAUGUUAUUCCCAUGACGCAUCCAAACGCCUUCAGGUUUCUCCGGCAAGAGUUGAAUGCAUCGAUUCUGAUCGUUGCAGAUUUCGGGCGCUACCCGAGAUCUCUGUCGACUCUGAGUAAAGACAUCGUAGCUCCUUAUGUCCAUGUUGUUGAUACUUACACAAAUGACACUGCUGAAGAUCCUUACGAGUCUCGCAAAACCCUUCUUUUCUUCCGCGGGAGCACAGUCAGAAAAGAUGAAGGCAAAGUGCGUGCUAACUUGGAGAAGAUAUUACUUGGUCAGGAGCAUGUUAGAUAUGAGCGGGGUAGACCUACUACUCAUGCAAUACAAGCAUCGACAGAAGGGAUGCGAUCAUCAAAGUUCUGCUUGCAUCCAGCAGGCGACACUCCUUCAUCUUGCCGGCUAUUUGAUGCCAUCGUCAGCCACUGUGUACCCGUGGUUGUCAGCGACAAAAUCGAGCUUCCCUUCGAGGAUGAAAUCGACUACACCCAAUGCUCGCUCUUCUUCUCCGACUCAGAGGCUCUACAGCCAGGUUUCUUGAUCGAAAAGCUUAGUCAAUUCCCCAAGGAGAAGUGGUUAGAAAUGUGGAGGAACCUCAAGAACAUCUCCCAUCACUUCGAAUUCCAGUUCCCUCCGGCAAAGGGAGACGCGGUGGACAUGCUCUGGAGACAGUUGAGGCGGAAGCUUCCAGGUGUCCAGCUGGCUUUACAUAGAAGUCAUCGAUUGAGAGUUCCUGAUUGGUGGCGGCGAAGAUGACGAUGAUGCAGAACACUGUACUGUACAUUCUUGUUCAUUAACCAAACACGUCACACAUUGAUUGUUCGACAAAAGGCCUUGAGCUCCCCCAGCAUUAUCACGAUUGGGAAAGAGGAUGCUGCUUUGAAGUGACUUGGGAGCAAUCUGGUGAAGCCAGGUUUAAACCUCGUCUUCUUUCUGCUUCUUAUGAUUGAAAGUUACGAGUUUCGUGGAGCAUGAGAUGAUGAAGCGAACUGUACAACACGUCACAGAACUGUAGUUUGUUUUCUUGAGAUCCAGUGUAAUUGUUUCGGCUAAUCUCACGGAACUGUAGUGGUAGACUAAGCUGGUUUUAGUAGAAGAAUCUACAUUCAAUCCUGUUUUCUUCUCCCAGCAGUCAUUAGCAUUUAGCAGGACGAAGCUCUGCUGAAAUUGGACCUAUCUCAGUCGUGGGACUUGGCUUAGUGGGCCCGGAUUUCAGAUUAUGUGGGCCUUCUGUUUCAAGAACGGAAUCAGGGCAAUCCUAAUUUAAGUUAUUUGCUUCGUCAAGAGGUAAUUUUCUUGUAUAACUAUAAACUAAUAAAAGGAAUAGUAACUUGCUAACUUUGCCUUCCUUUAGUAUAGGAGGAAAAACUACAAUUUGUAGUCUAAACUAGG